AGUUAGAAGGAAGAGAGUGAGAGAUCAAAAGCAUAAUGGAUUACCAUACACUUGUGAUGGGAUCAAUUUUUGCCUUGAUCAGUUUUGUUUAUAUCAUAGCAAGAAUAUGCAGCAUAGGAAGCAAAAAACUUCCACCAGGACCAUCCCCAUGGCCAAUUAUUGGAAGUCUUCACUUGUUAGGUGCAAAACCCCAUGUAUCACUGGCUAAUCUUGCAAAAAUUUAUGGUCCAAUUAUGAGUUUAAAAUUAGGACAAAUAACUAUAGUGGUAAUUUCUUCAUCAGCCAUGGCAAAACAAGUCCUUCAAAAACAAGACUUAGCCUUUUCUUCUAGAUUUAUCCCUAAUGCCCUUCAAAUACAAAACUAUUGCAGAUUUUCUGUGUCAUGGCUUCCAGUUUGUCCUCCAUGGCGAACGCUUAGGAGAAUAUUGAACAAAAAUAUUGUCUUGUUCAAUAGGAUUGAUGCAAAUCAACGUCUAAGGUCUCAAAAGGUGAAACAAUUGAUUACUUAUUGUGAUAAAUGUUGUCAAGAAGGUAGAGUUGUGGAUAUAGGUCUAGUUGCUUUCAAGACUAGUCUCAAUUUGUUGUCAAACACCCUUUUCUCUAAGGAUUUGGUUGACCCUUUGUCGGAUUCAAAGGUUGAGUUGAAGGAUGUGAUCUGGGGCAUCAUACAUGAGGCUGGGAAGAUCAACCUAGUGGAUAUUUUCCCCAUACUUGAAAAAAUUGACCCACAAAGAAUAAGGUAUCGCACAAACAUCCAUUUUGCAAAGUUGUUUAAACUUUUUGGUGAUUUGAUCAAUGAGCGGUUGGAGGAAAAGAAAAAGAACCAUAGUGAAAAAAGUGACGUUUUGGAAACGUUUCUCGAUCACGCUGCAGAAAAUUCUAAAGAGUUCGAUGAGAAUUACAUAAAAUCCACGUUUCUGGAUUUAUUUAUUGGUGGUAUUGAUACAACUACAAGCACAUUAGAAUGGGCAAUGGCAGAAACAGUUAGACAACCAGAAAUUAUGAGGAAAGCCCAAGCUGAGCUUGCAGAAGUCGUUGGAAAAGGAAAGCCAAUAGAAGAAGCUGAUGUAUCCCGACUCCCUUACUUGCAAUUUAUUGUCAAAGAAACAUUAAGAAUGCAUCCUCCAGCUCCAUUCUUAAUCCCUCGCAUAGUAGACCAAGAUGUUGAAUUGUGUGACUAUAUCAUCCCGAAGGGUUCACGGGUACUAGUCAAUGUGUGGGCGAUUGGUCGAGAUUCUACUUUUUGGGAGGAACCUUUGGUGUUUAAGCCUGAGAGAUUUAAGAGUUUAAAAUUGGAUGUGCAAGGAAAAAAUUUUGAAUUGCUUCCAUUUGGUGCUGGCCGAAGAAUAUGCCCUGGCUUGCCACUAGCAUUGGGAAUUAUCCCAGUAAUGUUGGGUUCGAUUUUGAAUUCAUUCAAUUGGAAACUUGAGGCCGGCAUUGAGCCAAAAGACUUAGACAUGGAUGAGAAAUUUGGUUUCAUCACGCCCAAAGCUCAUCCAUUACGAGUUAUUCCAUCUCCUCUUUGAUAUUGUUGGUUGGUUGGUAAAUACUUAUUUAUACUCGAAUUUACGCCAAAUCAUAUAUCUGACAUUCAAUAUGGAUUCUUAUUAAAGAAUAAUAAUAAGUCAUCGCAAGAAUGAAUUAUCUAUCUUUCUACCACUGUUGAAGUAUGUGCCAAACAAAUAGGAAAUGAUCAGUUCUUGGACUGUUU